UUGAACCGGAGGACGGGUCGGCUGAGUGGCCGAGCUCCCGGGGCGUGAGGCGGUCUCCGAGGCUGCAGGGACGGUGAGUUGGCGCCGGUGAGGCCGCUGCGGCCGCCGCCACCGGCUUGCAGUGAUGGAGUACCCAGUGAUGGAAGCCGCCACUAUUACUUCAGGAAUCAAGAGACGAGUAAAAGACAGAAUUGCAAAGACAAAGUUAAAUGUUUCUCUUGCUUCAAAAAUCAAAACAAAAAUAUUAAACAAUUCUUCUAUUUUCAAGAUCUCUCUAAAGCACAACAACAGAGCCUUAGCCCGGGCUCUGAGUCGAGAGAAGGAGAACUCCCAAAGAGUCACUACCGAGAAGAUGCUAUUACAGAAGGAAGUAGAGAAACUGAACUUUGAAAAUACCUUUCUUCGCCUCAAGCUCAGUAACUUGAAUAAGAAGCUUAUAGAAAUAGAAUCCCUUGUGAACAAUAAUCUGAUCACGGCAAUCGAAAUGAGCAGCCUGUCUGAGUUCCAUCAAAGUCCUUUUUUCUUGUCAGCUAGGAAGAGGAAAAGGAUCAGUAAGCAAAGCAAGUCCGCGCAUCUUCCAUUUGCAAGGGUUCCAUUAACUUCAGAAAAUGACGAUGAUGAUGGUGGUGGUGGUGGUGAUGAAUGGAGAACAAAGUGUUAUGGCAGAAUUGCAUCAAAAACGUCACCUGACGUCACCUCCUCGCUCUCAGGACAAUCUUUGUCCUUACGCCGGUGUGACUUGGAAUUAUUGCUUCCCAAGGAAGACAACCAGAAUACAUGUGUCUCCAGUUAUUCAGAACGAACUUCUUCUAGUGUUGAUGUUCAUCCUAAAGAAAGCCGUGAUGACUCAGACCAAAGCCCUACGAGUUCUCUGAGUGAGAGGAAAACUGCACCAUCUUCCUGCCUCAGCAGGGAAAAACCAUCACUUAGCAAUGUGACCGAGAGGAGAAAGCGCGGGUCUUCUGCGGAGAAACUGCGCAGUACAGACCCAGGUUACCCACAGAUGUCCAGUCCAGGGUUUACCUGGGACAUUGAGAUAAAUGGUUGUGCUAGUGAAACACAGAGUUCUCCCCGCUUCCCUUCUGAGGCUGCCGGCGACCCUCAGACACAGCCCGUGGCCACAGUGCAGAACACCCAUGCGUUUCAGUUGCAAGAAUCUGUGUACGAAAACGCCGACAUGGAUUUAACUGCCAGUGAAGUGAAUAAAAUCAUUGCAAUUUCAAAAAGCAAUAAAAAUCAAAGGAAGAAAAAGACAGAUUGUGGAAAGGAAGCGUUCAGAAAAGUGAAAGAUCCAAGCUCUGACAAAAGGAGAGAAAGAUCCAAGAGAAAAUGUAAAGGUAGUUCAGAAAUGGGUGCUGAGGGAAAGAUGGAAAACGGACCAGAACGAGGCUCUGUUGUCUUAGGUGGCAGAGGGGACUUGGAAGAUCCAAAUUGUAUUCCUGGUACUGAGCCACCUCAGGCAAACUUGCUGAAGGAAAUAACCCUCCCGAGCAGCUUGAAUCAAGAGACCAUCCAAAAUAAAAAGAGGAAGCAAAGGCGUAAGACAGGCGAGCAGGAGGAAACACGUCCUUUCUCUCCGUGUUCAGUCAGACUCCUUCAAGGUAGUGAGUUUGAUCAGUGUCAGAACGCCCCGGAUUGUAAUAGAAGUAAGCCUUCUCGACAGACAUUUGUGAUUCGUAACUCUGAAAAGGACCAUUUCUAUCCAAACCAGAAGGAUGAAGAGCUAGACAUUGGGAAUGCACUCCAUAGAGCUGAUCUUUCCACGAAAGAUAGCAAAACUGUGUGUGACUUUGAGACCCAGACUACGCUGGACUUGAAAAAGUUGGUCAGCGCGCAGCAAACUCAAUCCAAGCUAAAUAAUCCUAAGCCGAAAAUAAAUCGGAGGACAAAAAUAAUUUCUAGUAUAAACCAAAUAUAUGAGGAUACUGACAAAGACAUCUCCCUCCAAACCCCAGCGAGUAAAGAGCCCACCCGUGCAGCCGUCGACGCUGCAGAAGAGUUAGAAGCACCUCCACUUGUCGCAAGAAACAAUGGAAGCUUACAUGACUGUCAGGCGCAGAAUGUUCUGGAUCUGUCCAAGCAAACCACCAGUGUGCACCCUGCUCGGAUAGAGUCCCAUGUUAGCAGGAUCCCUAGGCACAAGGUAAAUCGCAAGACAGAAGUAAUCUCCAGGGUGAAUAAUUUUAGUAAUGACGGAGGUGGUCAUUGUUCAGAAAUAGACGAGUCUUUCUUACCUCAAAAGGAUAAAGACAUCACCAGAACCUUAAAAGAUUUUAGUAAGUUUGAAGUGCCUGCCAUUUGUAACAAAGAUAGUGCAAAGUCAUGUGAGUAUAAGACUCACACCCUCCUGGGGAUGAGAGCGCACGACCAUGAGGUGCCACCUGCUAGUCACAAGGACUCAAAAGAAGAUAAGAAGCCUAGACAAAAGGCACUUCGAAAGACAGAAAUAAUUUCUAAAACCAACCAAAUGCAUGAAAAUGAUGAAGGAAGUGUGCAUGACCCAUUAAAUAAGAAGGUCUGCCAGAAGGUUAAUAAAUCAGAAAUCGUUUCUCAAGUGAGCCAGAUACAUGCGAAUACUAACGAAGACGUGAAUGGCUUUAAGAGCUGUGUCAAAGACCAAGUUGUUACGAGUUCCUACUCUGGAGGAAUCAAGAGUAAUAAAGAGGGAAAUGGCGAGCCAAUCCCAGACCCGUGUGUACUAGUUCAAAAGCAGAGGAGAGACUUUGCAGGCAGAGCGGAGAACAUCUUGACAGGAGGGAAGAGCGAAGCUACUUCGCAGCUUCCAGGUUCCUCACAGCAGUCUGUCGCCUUAGAGUCUGGAUCACCCCAGGGCGGGAAUGGAACAGAUGCUGGUCCUGGAGAACCAGAUGCUCCUCCUGGAGAGUCCACUAGCCCGCCAAAGAGCCAGGAAGAGAGCCCUGGGCUUGCACUGGGAGAUGCCGGGUCUGUGGGUGUGGCCAAAGGAGGAAGCUGCCCAGCUAAAAGAGGAGAUAGAGUGACAUCCAAAUCAAAGAAAAGAAAGAGGCCCCUAGCUCUUUCUUCAGAUACCCGUGGGGUGGUGGAAAUGACAGCCAGCACUGACCACACAAAGUCAGGCGACUCCCAGAAGGCCGAUAAGGAAAACUACUUGGAGGAUGGGAAAAUUGCCAAGAAUAAACUGGACUUCUGCCCAAAGGCGUUGAAACCUUUAUCUCAGAUGCGCUCAUCUAACAUAAAGAAUUCUUCCUUUGACGAUAUGUGGGAGAGCUCACUACCUUUGACGACGACUUCUUGUAAAACUCUGCUGAUGGAAGGAAGUUCUUUCCUGGAGAGUGCAUUCAUCUUUCCAGCAGGUGGGCCUGCUCCUGAAAAGACAAAGGAGAGGACUCAGAAAAGCUGCCGCAGAACGCAGAAGUCCGGAAUAGGUAGAGCAAUAUUCCCGGACUUGGUGGACACCAGUUCUGUGUCAAGCAACCCCGCUAACCCCGAGAAUGGGUCAGACGAGCAGGCUGCAGAGCAGACGAGAAGGAAAAGGCAGUGCGCCCCUCUCAACCUGAGAGAGCCGAACCUCGUAAGCAAGAUGAGAAGAUGAAGGAGAUAUGAAUCCUAGCUUUUCUGAGUUCUCAAAGCACAAGUCAGAACAGAAGAAGCAUAACAAAAAUCAAGACAUGAGACAUGAAGGAGUAUUGCGUUUGGUUUUUCUAUUUUGGGGGACUUUCCUGGAUUAUUGUUUGUCUAUACUUACAUUGAGGUGUGUGUGCAUCCAAUAACUAUAUUUCAAAUAGGAAACUUUUUUUAAAAAGCAUUGGCCAUCACAUAACUUGUUAAUUUAAAUUUUUACUGAACGUCAU